UACCAAGGCUGAUGUGUUUCUUUCAGACGAUGCAUUUGCUUUUUUCGCAGUACAAUCCAGGCUCCUCCCUUGCACAACGUCACCCGAUCCCGAUCUCUCCGAAAGCGUCAGCGAUAGUCAGGAACACACUGUAGUGGCACAUCAGCGGGGCGGUGCGCAUAGCAGGAUAAAGCUACACUGUAUUUCAUCCACAUAAAAAAAACGACUGAGGAAAGGGGGGUACAUCCCACAAUUUUCCAGAGUUACAACAACUUCACCGGCCUGCAGUGUCUGAUCACUCCGACUGUCCGUGUCUGCAGACAACCGGGAACUUAAGGAACUAAAACAGGGACGGUGCCAGCAGAAUAUCUGUUAGGUGCUCUGUCAAUAUCAAACAGGGAAGAUCGAGGCGACAUUUCCCCAGAGGAACUCUUCCAAGUGUUGGAAACUUCCCAGCGCAGCAUCGAUCGAGGACCUCCCGCCCACUUUACCUCUGAUCCACAAUCCUGAAAGGAGAGAGAGAGUGUCCUGCAGCCGCUGCAGUGGAUGGAGCAACAAAGGCUAGAGCUAGAUGGUUAAACUGCUUUGAUAAGAACACUCAACACAAGGCUCCAUCACCUUAUCGCCAAAUCUGCAGCUGUAAUUGGAUCUCAUUUUUUGGGAGAUCCGGCCAGGUUCCACUUAGUGCAAACUCUGCUUAAGCCAACCACAAAAAAAGGAAGUCGCCGCAGACGUGAAAUUGAUGCUUUGUUACGGAGAAGCGCAAAACCGAUCCUCUAGUUUUGCGAAAGUCUCAUACUGAUCAGUGAGGGACUAGUUCGAGCCGUAGUGGGAUUUGCAGAAGUUGCAUGCUUGGUCUUUGUCGUCUCGAGUGAGCCUCUUUCACCGACUCUCGGCUUAUCAGACCGGAUCCGGAUAGUUGAGGUGCCAUGGCGAUGUGUGUGGGGAUGUGGAUACUCCUGCUAGCCCUGCACGUCCAAGCUGGCGACGGGCAGAUGGUGCAGAUGGACUCCAGUAAGUCUGGCUUUGUGGGAUCACAAGUUGAACUGCGCUGCAUCUUCAUCAACAGCAACCCUCCCGUCAAGAUCUCUCAAGUCACCUGGCAGAAGCUCCUCAACGGCACCAAACAGAACGUGGCCAUAGCCAACCCGGCCCUCGGCGUGUCAGUCCUGCCGCCCUUUAAGGAGCGCGUUACCUUCAAGCAGGCGGCCGUUCGCCACCGCACGCCCUCGCUGGAGGACACCACCAUCGUGUUCUCCAGCCUGCAGCUGUCUGAUGAAGCUGCCUACAUCUGCGAGUACACCACGUUUCCAGCAGGAAACAGGGAAAACACGGUCAAUCUCACUGUAUUUGCCCGGCCUACGACACGUAUGACCCUGACAACCCCCACGAUUGUGGCCAGAUCCACGAAGCGCAAGAUGACUGUCGCCACUUGUAUAUCGGCCAAUGGGAAGCCCCCAAGUGUGAUCAAAUGGGACACCAGGUUGAAGGGUGAAGCCACUUUCCAGGAGACUCGCAACCAAAAUGGCACUGUGACGGUGAGGAGCAACUACGUGGUGGUGCCGAGCCGCGAGACCCACAAACAGAAGCUGACGUGUAUCGUGACGUACCGGAGUGAAAGGAUCACAGAGAGCGUGGUGCUCAACGUGCAGUAUGAACCCGAGGUGACGAUCGAGGGCUUUGAUGCAAACUGGUACCUGAACCGUCCGAAUGUUCAGCUGACCUGCAAGGCCGAGGCUAACCCCCCUGUCACCAUCUACCAGUGGAAACUCUUGAACGGCUCCCUGCCCAGUAAUGUGGAGAUCAAGAACAACACCCUGUCCUUCAAGGGACCUGUGACCUCGGACCUGGCCGGCACCUACGUCUGCGACGCAACCAACGGCAUCGGGACUCGAACUGGCAUUGUGGACGUCAACAUCACAGAACUCCCUAACAACCCGCCAACCAGGCUCCCUGACGUCAAGACGAGCCAGCACAAUGUAGGCGCCGUCAUCGGGUGUGCUGUGGCGGGAGUCGCCCUGUUGGGGGUGGCGGCCACACUGCUCUUCGUAUUCCUGCGCCGCCGCCAGCGCACCUUCAAAGGAGACUACAGCACUAAGAAACACGUGUUCGGUAACGGGUACAGCAAGGCCGGCGGUCUGCCCGCACACCCUCCGAUCCCCAAGAACCUCCAGUACCCGGACGACUCAGACGACGAGAAGAAACCCGCCCAGAUCAGCGGCCCCGCUGGGUUUGAGGCGAGCGUGCCCGAUUUUGACCCAGAGCAAGAGGACCUGAAGAGGCCCUAUUUCACUGUGGACGAAGGGGAGAGCCGAGAUUAUGAUGAGCGGACUCUGAAUUUCCAGUAUGAUCGUGAACCUGAGAUAGCCGAUGAUAUGAUCUCUCAAACCGACGGCUCUGUCAUUUCUAAGAAAGAGUGGUAUGUUUAGUGGCAUGCUACAACCAAACCCUUUGGUCCCCCUCACCUGCAUUCCACUGCACCCUUCACCUCCAUCACCACCCCACCCUCCCAUUCGUCAAGCUGCCCCCUACACAGCCCACUAUCCUCAAGGCCUAGGGUACCCUCCCCUUGACUCGCCCCCCCCCCCAUUCAGACCCCAUCCAAACUAAUCUCAAUUAGAAAAUCAAGCGUCUAUUUAAAGUGCUAGCAAAACAUCAACUUCUCAUUAUGACAGCAUUGGUAUCAGUUCCAUCAGGUGAAUGGGCAAAGAGUACAAACUAAGGUAUGUAAACGGACUUGAGUACGAGUCCAGACAGGUGAUUGGUUGAUUAAUACUGGUGUAAUAUUCUUUUUGUGUAUUUUUUCCAUGUUAUAAAUGUAUUACAUGUAUUAAAAGAGACUGCAGGUUGAGGUUUUGCUGAGCACACUUGUGAAAGUCCUACACUGGAUGUGCGGAUUUAUUUCUGUUUUUUUAUUGCCAUUGCCGUUUUUGUUAUUUUUAUAAAGUCUUUUUCUAUAAUUUUUAAGUGAGCAGAGAUAUGAGAGUUAUAUGUUCGACAUAAUUACAGGUGGAGUUCUAUGUGUUUGUAAUUGUGUGGUCAAAUGUUUCAGAGAAAAACAAAAAAAACGCCAUACAGCACCUGUGUCAUUUCUGUUUCUCACUGGGGUUAGCGUCCAUGAAACUCAUGUUUGUACAGCAUUUACAGCAGAUGUGUUAUGUGCUGUGUUCCAAAGACAUGCUUAGUAUUUCUUGCUCCCCCCUGUGUGUAUAGGCUUGGUUUAACUUAACUGAGAGGGAAUCGGCCUACUGAGCCAUGUGGCAGAUACAAAUUGAGUAUUUUCAAUAAUUUUCCCCUUAAAUUUUAAUAACGCUAAGAAUGUUUCCACAUCAGUGAAUAAGAGUACAGCAGAGAGAAGGGCUGCAAAAAUGUCUACUUUUCAUUGGUGCAUCACAACCACGUCCAAAUAAGGUUUGGUGAGUCUCGGAGUCAUAAAAACACCUUCAAUAAUGCUCUGAAAUAUCAUGAUUGUCACUUGACUUUAACAGGUUGACGAGCUCUUGAUCUUACCACUAUAAUGAAAUGUCUGUUUUUUUUUCUAUGUUGAGUUGUCAUAAUUGUGUUGUUCUAACCCUUCUUUUAUCAAAUGGAUGUCAGAGAAAAGUGUCUGAGGAAUUUCCCAAAUAUGACUCUGCCUCUCCUUAUAAUAUGUGACUGUGUGCUGAAAGAAUUGGCUGAAGCCCUUACACCAACAGCAUGAGGAGAUGUCCAUGGACACAAAGGACACAGAUAGGAGAGAAAUGUCAACAGAUGCUUACAUUUGUGACUUUGAGAGAGCAUUUAUCAUGUAAAGGGAAUUGAAAAAUGAAUGGUGGCCAUGCUGGAGUAUAAAAAGUCACCUGCUGCUUUCAUUGGGUUUAUUUUCCAUCUGUUUAUUUGUUUUCUUUCUAAAAUGAAAUUCUGUAUGGGGGAUUUUAAAUGAGUGAAUGGUUGUCCUUUUCUUAAUCAUCUGAAUCUGCCAAUAGGGCUGUCAGAAGGCUGUAUCUGGCUUUUUUUAAAUCACUGUUAAUAAGUGCCAGAUGGAGUGCAAAAUGCAUUUCCUUGGAACAAAAAAAAAGUUCAAUGUGAAAUAUCCGAUAAAACCGAUGCAAAGGAGUAAAUCGGUGGAUAUGGGCAUCAGAUCUGACUCGCUCUGAACAAUAUAAAUACGUUAUUAAGCCUUAUUUUAUGCAUGUUUUGUGUUGGAGUGGAUGUGCGUACGUUUGAAAUUUUGUUUCGGUAUAAAAUCCAGUGUGUUUGUCCUCAUUCGCAGCUCGAAAGACGACACUUUGUCAGUGCUGUCGUUAACAAAAAAGGUAUGGGUACCCAGGAACAAUAUUGCAGUUAAAUACUAAAAAAAAAUAUAUAAAUAAAGAUGAAAAAAGAACAUCUCCCUGGGAGCAGAUCGCUGGAGAUGUGAAUGUUCUACAGUCCAUGCUUGUCUACUGUACUUUUUUAGAUGAGCAUGUUAAAUCAUGAGCCUCAAUUUCUAUUGUAUUUUCAACACAAAAUUAACAUUACAAAAAUGGGAUAUAAAAGGUCUUAUCAAAAGCCUGUUGAUUUCAGUUAAGAUUCAUUUUCUACUGCCUUAUUUUUGUUUUUGUUCGGUGUAUCCACUAGAGAUUGAGAACAUACAUGGUGGUUUACAGGUUUUAGCGAGAGAACUAAACAACAGCGUCUGGGUUGCUGCCUUCCAAGCGCAAAAGCAAGUCCCAAUUAUGUUGCCUUUAUUUUAUCGUUCACUUGAUAAAAGGUGAAAGGCUUUGCUGAAACUUCUUCUUUUAAAUUCUACAGACAUAUCACAGCAUAAUAGACACAAAACGUUUUUAUCUUUUUGUGCAUUCAGUGCCUAUCAAAGACAGGAGACAGAUGCUGCUCCAGCGUUUUAAGUUAUUCAUGCAGAAGAAUAACAUAAAGAGUAAUAUUGAAAUAUGACACAGACUGCAAACCUCUUAAAAUCAGACAAAUGAUCGUUCUUAACUUGCAGUGAAUUGUAGUUAGUAUAGUGGGGAUGUUAUUCCCCCCCGAGCUCCAAUUUGAUACUAACAAUGUGUCUUGAUCUCAAAAUCAAUUCAUCUCUUAGAAGCCCUUUUAACGUUUAAUGAUUGCUUCACGGUAACACAGCACUUUUUCUCUAUCAAUAAAGACCCUAAAGAGAUCAAACUUUGUCACAUAUCGCUGACUUUUCAAAGCACAACAAUUGAAACAUGAAAUCUAGUGAAAAAAGAUUGAAAUCCAAUUUUAAAAAAGCAACUUUGGCCCCAAGUAGAGAUCAGACCGACUCCUUUUAAAGCACAACUUUAGUUUUUUUUUUCUGCAUCCAUUAGAAAGCCACUGCCACACUUGCUUCUAAAACGGUCGAGAAAGAAAAACAAUUUGGAGUGGACAUUCUGUAUACUGGUAGAUGUUAACAUUGUCUUCAUGUUGUCAGGGUGUUAUGAGUUUCUAUUUUGUAAUACUGACUGUAACUUCAUUCCAUCCUAAUCUACUUUUUGUAUUCAGUAUGUUCAACAUUCCACUGUAAAUAUUGUACAUACGGUUGAGAUUAUAGUUGGGAUUUAUUUAGGGACAACUGCGUAGGGACCCUGUCAUGUAAAAUAUACCUAUUUUGACUGCAAACAUAGAGACUUGGUGAUGGAUAGAUGAAGUCGAUGGAUAGCUUAUUUCCAAAGUCCAACCCUAGAAAUGCUCCUCUGGUACGUUUUUUUUAAAAUGCCACUAGCAGCUUCACUGUCAUACAAAAGGGGUGACGCAUACAGUUUGUCGAUGUAAUGUUAUUGAAAGAAAAUCAGAAGAGAGAAAGUGUCUGUAUGCAGCCAUGUGAAUGUAUAUUUCUGAGGGUGUUACAAAUAUGAAAAAAAAAAAUCUAUUGUUCAAUUGUGAUGACCCAGUGAAGUAACUUGUAUUUGUUUUAAGCAUUAAAUGAGUUCAAUAGUCAA